AUGAGCAAGUUGCAGACCUUGCCCUUCAGCACAGCAGCCCCCACCACCACCUCAUACAGAACCAGAGAGCAGAGGGGCAAGCUAAAGGCAGGCAGCAGCAGGUGCUGGCUGGCCGUGGGUCCCGAGAAUGUAUUGACGCUGCCUUUGCUGGGUGUGGUCUCCCCUUCCUUCCUCCCUGCCUCUCCUCCCAACCUCCCUUCUGACCUGGGAAGGAGCAGAAGCCCAGCUCUGGGGCUCCUAUCCCACCUGUCAGUAUGUGAGCAGGUGGCCCUCUUCCUGGGCUCAGCCCAAACCCAGGCCUGGUUUCUAGACUCAGACCACUCACCUGAAACCCAGGGCACAGGGCAGACUGAUGGCACAUCUGUCCAGGCUGGGGCUGAGCCAUGUGGUCCCACUUUUAAUCAGGCAGACACAGGGCAGCCCAAGCUGAGUAGAGAUGAGCAGCGAGGUCGAGGUGCUCUCUUACAGGAUAUCUGCAAAGGGACCAAGCUGAAGAAGGUGACCAACGUUAAUGAUCAGAGUGCUCCCAUCCUUGAGAAGCCCAAAGGAAGCAGUGGUGGUUAUGGUUCUGGAGCAGCUGCCCUGCAGCCCAAGGGAGGUCUCUUCCAAGGAGGAGUGCCAAAGCUCAGACCUGUGGGAGCCAAGGAUGCUUCAGAGAACCUAGCUUGGAAACCAGCCUUCCAAGUCCCCAGUUCUCGAGCCGGUGCCCCAAAACCUCCAGUGUCUACAGCCAGUGGCCACCCUCAAGAUGAUACAGACAGCAGCCAAGCCUCACUCCCAGAACUGCCUCAGAUGCAGAGACUCUCUUUACCGGACCUCUCCCUACCUAAUACCACCAGGAGUAUGGGCAUGAAGCGCAGCUCCUCUGCCCCUCCUCCACCACCCCCAGGAUGGCAUGCCAACCUACCCCCUACACCUCUGCCUGUGCACGGUAACGAAGCCCCAGCCUACAACAGAGAGAAGCCCUUGCCACCAACACCUGGACAGAGACUUCAUCUGGGUCGAGAAGGACCUCCUGCUCCACCCUCAGUGAAACCACCGCCUUCCCCUGUGAAUAUCAGAACAGGACCAAGUGGCCGGUCUCUGGCUCCUCCUCCUCUGCCUUACCACCAGCCUCCUGGAGUCCCCAAUGGACCCUCCAGUCCCACUACCGAGUCAGCCCCUGAGCUGCCACAGAAACAUAAUUCUUUGCAUAGGAAGAUACCAGGGCCUGUUAGAGGCCUAGCACCAACUCCACCCUCCUCAGCCUCCCCCUCUUUACAGAGUAAUAGGCCACCUGCCCCAGCCUGAGACCCUCCUAGACGGGGACCAGCUCCUCUACCCCCACCACCCAUGAUCCAAAAUAGUGCCAGGGAUACUCUCCCUCUGCCACCACCAUACGGAAUGCAUGGGUCAGAACCCCUGAGCCAAGGAAAGCCCCCACCUCCGCCCUCGAGGAUGCCAGCUGGACCACCCCCUCCCCCUCCACCUGCCCUGAGGAAUGGCCACAGAGAUUCUAUUACCACUGUCUGGUCCUUCUUGGAUGAUUUUGAGUCAAAGUAUUCCUUCCAUCCAGUAGAAGAUUUUCCUGCUCCAGAAGAAUAUAAAUACUUUCAGAGGAUAUAUCCCAGCAAAACAAACCGAGCUGCCCAUGGAGCCCCACCUCUGCCACCCAUUCUCAGGUGA